UACUCUUCGAUUAGACUCGUUUCCAUUCAAUUACACAAGACUUUAAAAAUGUUGUGCAUUUUUCCUCUACUUAUUAUUGCAUAUUAUCCGGUCGCGUCCAUCAUAUUGCCAUAUGGUUUUAAGUUAGAACUCGUGCAAACGUUAUUCAGGCAUGGCGAUCGUACACCAAAUAGUCCUCAGAGUUAUCCAAAUGAUCCGUAUAAUUCUUCAAAUUACGAUAUCUACGGUUAUGGUCAAUUAACAAACGAUGGACGAAAACGUAUGUAUGAAUUAGGUCAAAUGUUUAAACAACGAUACGGAGAAAUUCUUAGUGAAACAUAUAAGCCUCAAGAUAUUUAUGCUUAUAGUACAGAUAUAGAUCGUACCAAAGCAUCUCUGCAAUUGGUCCUUGCUGGUCUCUUUCCUCCAUCACCACAAGAAACUUGGAAUUCACAACUGAAAUGGUUACCAUUUCCAACUUACUACAAUGAUGCGAAAUUCGAUUUUCUUUCAACAACAUAUUAUUGUACCGAAGUUGAACGAGCUCAUAGAAGAGUUGUAUCAUCAUCCGAAGUGCAAAAAAAACUGCUCAACUACAAAAAUUUUCUCGAAUAUAUUUCUCAGAGCACUGGUCUUCCAUUGGAUCCUAACAAUGGACUUCAUUUAUUUAACGCUAUUCGAGCACAAAGAAAUUUAAAUUUACCGUAUCCUCCUUGGUGCUCAGAUCAAGUCUUUGAACAACUUAAAGAAAUUGCAGCAUUUACAAUUGAAACUUACACAUAUACAAAUGAAUUGAGAAGUUUAGUAGCUGGACCAACCAUAAAACGAUUUUUAACAAAUAUCGAAAAUAAUGAAUUAAAAACUGAUAAAAGGAAGAUGUAUCUGUACAGUGCUCAUGAUACGAACAUUAAUACGAUAUUGGGAUCAUUUAAUUUUUAUCAAAACAUCCCACUUGCUGAUUAUGGCACAGCAUUAAUAAUUGAAAAGCUAAAAGGACAAGACGAAAAUACUUAUAUUAGAUUACUUUUGUAUUCAAGUAUCGAUAAGACUUUAACUCCGUUAGUAUUAAAAUCAUGCACUGAAAUAUGUCCGCUAUCAAUGUUCAUAAAUAUGAUGAAUAAAAUUGCUCCUGACAAUCCUAAGUGUCUAUACGCAAAUGCCCGAAGAAACGUUGAACAUCUUAUUAAUGGGACAAUAAAAAAUGAUGAUUAUAACAAAUUGAAAUUGAAGUACAAAUAGUCAAAUAUGUA